UGAACUAUUACUGAUUUUUUUUUUGGCUGUGGAAAUACUUUGUAGUUGCUAUGACACAGAGAAGGAUACUUUAGCUUUUACGAAGGUGGACUCAUUUCUUCCUGAUAAAAUCUAUUACCAAGGAUGUCUUAAAUCAUUUCUCCAGAUUACUAAGUGGCACGGCCCUGAGGUGAUAUACUUUGGGGAUCACCUAUUUAGUGACCUAAGAGGACCUUCAAAGGCUGGUUGGCGGACUGCGGCCAUCAUCCAUGAAUUAGAAAAUGAAAUACACAUACAAAAUGAGGAUAGUUAUCGCUUUGAACAGGCAAAAUUUCAUAUCAUACAAGAAUUACUUGGUAGGUUGCAUGCAAUUGUGCCCGAUAGUGAGAGAAAUGAAGCAUACAGGACACUUCUGAUUGAGCUAAAUAAGGAGAGGCAGAAGGCCCGUCAAGUUAUGAAGGGGAUGUUUAAUAAAUCAUUUGGGGCCACCUUUGUCACUGACACGGGGCAAGAAUCUGCUUUUGCCUAUCAUAUCCAUCAAUAUGCAGAUGUAUACACCAGUAAGCCGGAUAACUUUUUGCUCCACUCCCCUGAAGCUUGGCUUCAUGUGCCGUUCGAUGUCAAGAUCAUGCCACAUCAUAUAAAGGUCCCCUCGAGCUUGUUCAAAACUCAAUAGACGUAUUUUUUUAAUGGCACUCAACAAACAGGUAGCUUUUGCCAAUUUUUGUCGUCAUGACGAUUAGAGUACUCAAUCAACCAAUUUUGCAGCAUGUGGUAUGAUAAUGCCCCCUUUCUUGUAUUACUUUUUCCGCAUAGUUGAUGUAAUAAAAUUACUAUUCUUCCCGCUUAUAGAAUAAAAGAUUAGCGUCGUUCCCUGUUUUUCUUUACUUUUUGCCCCUUGUUGAUUUCCUUUGCUUAAUUUGCUCUAGUUUUACAACAUGUUUUUUCAAGGGUGUUUGAAAUUGUUCGAAGAAAUAGAUAUUCUAAUCCAAUCAUAACAGACAACUUUUUGUUUUAAAAAAAUAAAUUAGGUGUUUUGAUAAAUUUUUUUCAUUAAAGAAUUAGAGAUAUAUAUUUA